GUAGUGCCUCCCAGAAAUAGGUGGAUAAAGUGAAAGUAAAAGUUCAGAGUUGAUGUUUGGCAUUUUAACAACCAGAAUCGAUUCUUUAAAAUAACGAGUAUCAGCGUGUUUAAUGGGAACCUUUGUAAUGAAUUUACGUGUGGCUUCUUGAAAGGUUAAGUUUUUGUUUUAUUAUUAUUAUUUUAAGAAUCUCAUCUCGGGUCUGGAGACACUUUAGGGUGACUUCUGCUUUACUCCUAAUAUAUUUAGGACUUUAUUCUUCAGGUGAGGUUUGCUGUGUUUGUGUUUCAACCCACCUACUUUUUAUGUGCAUUUUGGGAUAUCGCAUCAAAAACUGCUGGUUGGAAACGCCAAGAUAAAUUCUAAAAAUGCGCAUAAAGAACUUAUGUUUGAGUGAACGUCGCCGCCUCGUUAUCCUGUUUCUGACCAGGGCUUCGUUCAGCCCCGACAAAACUUUGCAAAAGUUUUUUAAACGGAAACGGUGGUGCGUUAAACACCCUGUUCUGAUGACGCACGAGUUGCAGCUAUGGCAGCAGAAUAACAGAGAACAUCCCAAUAAAGUGAAGGGAUUUGUGGAAACUGUGGUUCCUAAUUAUUGUGAUCCAACAAUUGCCUCGCAUUUCAGGCUGAAAAGACGAAGGAUAAUCAGAUGAAGGAUAAUCCACUUCUUACCUCCGAGACUGUGUUAUAUGACCUUAUCUUUAUUAGUGUUCGAGGUCAGAUUCUGUUUCACCUGUUCAGAUUCAUCAUGGAUGACACACAAACAUCCGGAGAUGUAGAUGUUUCUCCAGAAUACAGUUCAGUUGAUCAGAAGAGAUCAGAACCAGAGCCCAGCUGUGUGUCUAUGAGGAGUGACGAGUCUAUGGGUCAUCCAGUAAAUAUUAAGAGUGGAGAUACACAGACUGAUCUCGGGCGAUUCCUGCGAUCCAGGCCAGAUGUUACAGAACCUGUCUGUGAGAAAAUGAAAUCUGAUAAGUCUAUGAAUCAAGAAAUGAAUGAAAACAUGUAUUCUGGUGACAGCCAUGAAGUCCUCAAUGGGUUUAGAUCAAAUCUGAUGAAGAAGUUUGAGUGUCUGUAUGAGGGAACAGCACAGCAGGGAAACCCAACACUCCUGAAUGAGAUCUACACAGAGCUCUACAUCACAGAGAGUGAGAGUGGAGAGAUCAGUAAUGAGCAUGAGGUGAGACAGAUUGAGAUACAAUCCAGGAGAGCAGCAACAGAGGACACACCAAUCCAAUGCAAUGACAUCUUUAGACCUUUACCUGGACAAGACAAACCCAUCAGAUCUGUGCUGACAAAGGGAGUCGCUGGCAUUGGAAAAACAGUCUCUGUGCAGAAGUUCAUCCUGGACUGGGCUGAAGGGAAAGAGAAUCAGGACGUCCAGCUCAUAUUUCCACUUCCUUUCAGAGAGAUCAAUAUGAUGAAGGACAAAACACUCAGUCUUUCAGAUCUUCUUCAUGUCUUUUUCCCAGACACAAAAGAAAUGGAAAUAUCCAGUGACAAAUAUAAAGUGUUGUUCAUCUUUGAUGGUCUGGACGAGUGUCGUCUGUCUCUGGAUUUUCAGAGCGAUGUGAGGUUGUGUGAUGUAAGUGAAUCAGCCUCAGUGGACGUGCUGCUGAUGAACCUCAUUGUGGGGAAUCUGCUUCCCUCUGCUCUCAUCUGGAUCACCUCCAGACCAGCAGCAGCUGAUCUCGUCCCCUCUGAGUGUGUCCAUCGAGUGACAGAGGUACGAGGCUUCAAUGAGCCACAGAAGGAGGAAUACUUCAGCAGGAGAAUCAGUGAUCAGAGUCUGGCCAAUACAAUCAUCUCACACCUGAAAUCAUCAAGGAGCCUCUACAUCAUGUGCCACAUCCCAGUGUUCUGCUGGAUCUCAGCCGCUGUUCUAGAGAAGAUGUUGAGUGAAGCAGAGAGUGGAGAGAUUCCCAAGACUAUCACUCAAAUGUACACACACUUCCUGAUCCUUCAGACCAACAUCAAACAUGAGAAGGACUAUGAGAAGAAUGUGACAGAUGAAGACAUGAUCCUCAAACUGGGGAAAGUGGCUUUUCAGCAGCUCAUGAAAGGCAAUGUGAUCUUCUAUGAGGAAGACCUGAGAGAGUGUGGCAUUGAUGUGACAGAAGCAUCAGUGUACUCAGGAUUGUGCACUCAGAUCUUCAGAGAGGAGUUUGGCUGGUAUCAGGGGAAAGUCUUCUGCUUUGUUCAUCUGAGCGUUCAGGAACAUCUAGCGGCUCUAUAUGUGCACCUCUCCUGUACAAACAACAACAGAAAUGUGUUUGACCAAAUCACUAAACAGAGUUUGUGGUCUAAAGUUAAGGAGAGGUUUAAACAUGUUUCAUUAUCUGAUCUCCAUCAGAGAGCUGUGGAUGAGGCUCUGCAGAGUAAAAAUGGACAUCUGGACCUUUUUCUGCAGUUUCUUCUUGGUCUGUCAGUGAAGUCUCAUCAGAUUCCCCUACAAGGACUAAUGAAACAGACAAGAAGCAGAUCUGACAGCAAUGAGAAAACGGUUGAGUACAUCAAGAAGAAGAUCAGCACCAUUGACUCUCCAGAGAAAUUCAUCAAUCUGUUCCACUGUCUGAAUGAACUGGGUGAUCAUUCACUAGUUGAACAAAUACAACAGUACCUGAAAUCUGGAAGAAUAAAGGAAGCCAAACUCUCUUCAUCUCAGUGGUCAGCUGUAGUUUUUGUGUUGUUGACAUCAGAAAAGAAGCUGGCUGAGUUUGAUAUUAAUAAAUUUGUUGGAGGAAACAAUAAAACUGAAAAACGUAAGGUUUUUCAGAAGCUGCUGCCUGUGAUUAAAGAAUCCAGAUCAAUUCAGUUGUAUGAUUGUGAUCUCACGGAUGAAGGUUGUGCUGCUCUGACUUCAGCUCUAAGAUCAAACCCCUCAUACCUGAGAGAACUGAGUCUGUCUGGGAAUAUAAUAGGAAAAUCAGUGAAUCUCCUGUCUGAUGUACUACAAGAUCCUCACUGUAAACUGGAGGAACUGUGGUUGUAUGAUUGUGGAGUCACAGAUGAAGGUUGUGCUGCUCUGAUUUCAGCUCUGAGAUCAAACCCCUCAUACCUGAGAGUACUGGAUCUGACUAAGAAUAAAAUAGGAAAAUCAUCAGUGAAUCUGCUGUCUGAUGUACUACAGGAUCCUCACUGUAAACUGGAGAGACUGUGGUUGAGAGAUUGUGAUCUCACAGAUGAAGGUUGUGCUGCUCUGACUUCAGCUCUGAGAUCAAACCCCUCACACCUGAGAGAACUGAGUCUGUCUGGGAAUAUAAUAGGAAAAUCAGUGAAUCUGCUGUCUGAUGUACUACAGGAUCCUUACUGUAAACUGGAGUUAUUGUGGUUGUAUGAUUGUGCUGUCACAGAUGAAGGUUGUGCUGCUUUGGCUUCAGCUCUGAGAUCAAACCCCUCACACCUGAGAGAACUGAGUCUGUCAUUGAAUAAAAUAGGAGAAUCAGUGAAUCUGUUGUCUGAUGUACUACAGGAUCCUCACUGUAAACUGGAGAAACUGUGGUUGAAGGAUUGUGGAGUCACAGAUGAAGGUUGUGCUGCUCUGGCUUCAGCUCUGAGAUCAAACCCCUCACACCUGAGAGAACUGGAUCUGUCUGGGAAUAAACUAAAACAAUCAGGAGUGAAGUUGCUCUGUGAUCUGAAGGAUGAUCCACAUUAUAACCUGAAGGAACUAAAAUAUUGACUCUCAGUGUUUAGACGUCAGUCCAGUUUCCUCAGGAUCAGCUGAUGGUGAAUAAGGAGCUACAGAGACUGAAGACACAGAGACACACAGCGAUCACACUGACUUCACACCAUUUUCUCAUUUUAUAGUAAUGCUCAUGAAAAUGAGUGCUGAAAAUAGCAACUUUGAAUUGUUUCAUAUUUGUUAGAUAGUUAUUACAAUGUAGAUGGUGUAACAUACGCGGCAAACGAUUAAAGCAAAUAGAAAAAAAAAACAAGCAAUAGACAAUAGAUAUAUUGUGCAAUACAGACAGCAUUAGGGAAAGUUUUACUAAAGAGUCUGACUACAGAAGAGACAGAUGUUGUAAAUGUGUCUACCAGCAGAGGGCGACAAAGAUUAUGCACAUAAUUUCACUGACAUUUAUUUCUGUAAAAUAUUUGUAUUUUUUAUUUAUUUAUUUAUUUAUUUUAUGUGAUGAGCUAUUAAAGUUUGCACCUAAAUCUUCACA